AUGCAGCAGCGACGUGGAGGAAGACAUGGAGAGAGAGGAAGAGAAAGAGGGGUGGAGAGGGGGAGGGGGAGCCAGAAGCCACCUGCGUCUGUUCCAGCUCCUUCUUCUUCUUCUCCUCCUGUGGCCAAUGUCGCAGAGGAGGUUCGUUCUCUGAGCUGCGAUGUGGAGCAGCGGUUCUCCAUGGAAGAAGCGCCCCCGCCGUCAGCUGCCCCUCCGCCCGUUCUGGCGCCGUCAUCGUCGAAGAGCAUAAGACCGCCGCCUCGACCCGGAUUCGGGAAGGCCGGCAACAAGGUCAUACUACGAUCAAAUCAUUUCCUUGUCAAACUCCCCCACAAGGAAAUAUUUCACUACGACGUGAGUUCACUGUUACCUGCUCUCUCCCUCGCUCCCUCCUCUCUCUCUCUCUCUCGCUCCCUCCUCUCUCUCUCUCUCUCCCCCUCUCUAGGGUUUUCGUCGUCGUCUGCCUGCAUGCACAUCAUGGGCUUUCCCCGACCCCAAAUCGAUUUCCUGCACCUGGAGAGGAUGUGCGUCAGCGUGCCGUAGAUAUAGAUCUUCAUGAAUAUUCCAGUCCUGUAUCCAGCGUUCUCUGGACGUUUUAUCUCUCUAAGUCUCCUCGCUUUUCAUGGGCUUCCCUUCGUAUCCUCCCAUUACCUUACACCACCUUGGGGGUAAACUGAUCGAUAGCUUAUCGCUGGGAGUCGCCACCGAUUUCUGCUAGAGACCCUGACGCUUUUUCUGGCUCCGAUAUGUAUGUUUAGGUCGCCAUUACUCCUGAAGUCCAGUCGAAGGCACUGAACAUGUCUAUAAUCGGUGAGCUUGUUCAAAAGUAUGGAGAAUCGCAUCUGGGAAAGCGACAGCCGGUUUAUGAUCGCAGAAAAAGCUUGUACACGGCUGGCCCACUGCCGUUCAACUCGAAGGAAUUUGUGGUCGAGUUGAAGGAGAAGGACGAAUCCAGGCAUGCUCCAGUUUGAGCUCCCCUUCGCAGUUUUGUUUAUUUCCUCUUUAGAUUUCAUUAAAUCCCACUCACCCUCCUGCUUGUGUUUUUUAUUUUUAAAACUGAAGAUCAAGGAAAUUCAAAGUGGUCAUCAGAUUAGUGGGGAAGGCAGAUCUCGCCCACCUCCAUCAGUUCAUGGCGCGGAUAUAUUUGGAGGAACCAAAGGAAGCUAUCCAUGCACUGGAUGUCGUCCUUAGACAGUCUCCCUCUCUCGAGUAAACGCUUGGCGUGGCUAAACUAGCUGGUCAACGUUCGUUGUCUAUUUCCUGUACAACUAACCGAUCGAGUUUCUUCUUUCUUCUCUCCGCCAGCUAUGUGACAGUGUCGAGGUCUUUCUUCUCACCGUUGCUGGGGGACACGUUCACCAUUGGAGAUGGUGUUGAGGGCUGGAGGGGUUUCUAUUCAAGUCUUCGUCCGACCCAGAUGGGACUUUCAUUAAACAUUGGUAAUUUUUAUGGAAAAUUUUAGCAUUCUUCUCGUUCAAUUUUCCCCUAGAGUUGAUGCUUAUGAUGUUACUCUCCAUCCAUAACUCAUUUGGCAGAUAUUUCGGCUACUUCAUUUUACAAGCCAGUAAUGGUGACAGAAUUUGUCGCCGAGUAUCUCGCUCUCAAUCCCCGGGCCAUGACUGGGCCACUCAGUGACACUGAUCGGAUUAGGGUCCGUACGAUUGAUUAGUUGACCUUCUCCAAACCCUUCCAUCUUCUUCUGGGUUCUUCUAGAACACAUGUUUUGACCAUGAUUAGGCGACUUUCUAACAGGUCAAGAAGGCUCUCAGAGGGAUCAAAGUUCAGGUUACUCACAGGGCAGAAGCAGUCAGGCGGUACCGUGUCACCGGGAUAUCUUCGGCUCCGGCAAAAGAGUUAAUGUACUGCGCUGACCGAUAGAGCAAGGCCACGGAUUUAUAAGUGCACAAGCUGUAUUUUUCCACAAUUCUCAUCGUGUUCAUCGCUUUUUGGCUGCGUGAUCAGGUUUUCUGUGGAUGAUCAAGGGACAGCAAAGAUAUCUGUUGUUCGGUAUUUCAAGGAGAGGUAUAAUGUUCAUUUGAAGCUUCCCAACUGGCCGUGUCUUCAGUCAGGAAGUGAUAAGACCCCCAUAUAUCUACCAAUGGAGGUUCUCUUGGUGCAACUUGUUCAUCACAGUUCGCUUCACUAGUGACUGCACCUUCUGUUGUUUUUCAUUGGAGCUUCCUACUUGAGUCCAGGUGUGCAGAAUUGUGGAGGGACAGAGAUAUACCAAAAAAUUGAAUGAACGGCAAGUAACAAAUAUGCUGAGGGCAACAUGCAGGCGACCAAAGGAGAGGGAACAGUCUAUUGCAGCUGUAGGUCUUUCCAUACUCGUUUCCGAUUCCUUCCUCUCUGUUUACGUUCAUUAUGACUGACUCUGUGAAUGUUUAGUUGAAUGUUGGCGGCAGAUACGGUAAUGACAAAUUUGUGAAAGAGUUUGGGAUCAGCGUCGGGAAAGAACUCUGUACGAUUGAAGGUCGGGUGCUUCCACCUCCAAUGGUGAGGGCAUUUCUUUCAAUAGUAAUCUGGCUUCUUCGAAUGUUGGAUGAAUAUGGACUGACAUUUUUUUCUGGAUAUGGCAGCUCAAGUACCACGAUAGUGGUCAGCAGAAACAGUGCCUGCCAGAAGUUGGGCAAUGGAAUAUGACUAAUAAGGUGACGAGAAGCUUCACUUAGUAUUGUUCUUAGCACAGUCCCAUGCCUCGUCGUUAAAUGUUCUUUUUUGAUAAAUGAUUUCCAUUACCUUGAUUCCUCGAAAUUAGAUAUACAUACAUGAAUUAUCUGCUGGUGCAUCCACUGUCCUAUCAUCUCAGUCAUUUCUAACCAGGUUGCAGCUCUACCCGCUUCCAUUUAACCAUGAAUCUUUCACAGAGGUAUCUCAUUAGCUCUGGUGAUUCGCAGAGGAUGGUUAAUGGCGGGAUGGUGCAGUACUGGGCAUGCUUGAAUCUUUCAGGAUGCCAGAACGAGGUGGUAGAUAAUUUUUGUUAUCAGCUGGGAUCCACCUGUCAGCAGAAAGGCAUGGUACGGGCCCAAUUCUUGUUUCCUUGCUCUUUUUCAUUGCAGAAAUCUGGGCUUUUUGUCUUUGAUAAAAUAUUCGUCCCUUCUCUCUCAUCGUGAUCCUGUUGCAGUUCUUCGAGCCACAACCGGUAAUAGAUACUUUGCGGGCUCCUCUUGGAAAAUUGGAGGCGGCUCUGGUUCACAUCCACGAAGAGAGUUCUGCCAUUUUGAAUUCACAGGGUGAGGGGAAGCAUCUCCAGCUGCUGAUGGUUAUCUUGCCGGGAAAGGGUGGAUUCUAUGGUAAGCUAUCUUCUAUGAUCCUCUUAGGCUGGAAUUUGAUUGGCUCUAGACAUCGUAUCUUCUACUCGUGUCAUUGAGUUCACUUACUGAUCCUCCUAGGAUUUUUUAUGCAGGCAAGAUCAAGAGGAUAUGUGAGAUUGAUCUGGGUAUCGUCUCCCAAUGCUGCCUAUCGAGACACAUUAUGAGAUUCAAUAGUCAGUAUUUGGACAAUGUCUCGUUGAAGAUUAAUGUCAAGGUUUCUCUUCUUUUUUUGCUUAUUUCUAGGUCUAGUAUAUUAUGAAAUUAAUCCGGACACCUUAUUUCUAAAUCUAUGGAAUCAUGAGACCAUGCUACAUAUUUGAUGAGAUAGGUGAACGGAAGAAAUACUGUUCUUCUGGAUGCUGUGACAAGGCGGAUGCCGUUCAUUACAGAUAAACCCACCAUAAUCUUCGGUGCAGAUGUCACUCAUCCUGCCCCCGGAGAGGAUCACAUACCUUCCAUCGCAGCGGUAUGAUUUUCUAAACUUUCUGGUAGGAUUUUUCAUUUUUUUUUUAUCAUAGCUGUUCUCCAUUGUCUUUUGACAUUUACAAACAGCUGCUGUUCUCAGGUGGUAGCCUCCAUGGAUUGGCCCGAAGUGACUAAAUAUAGGUGCCUGGUCUCUGACCAAACCCACAGGCAAGAGAUCAUAAAGGAUCUAUUCAUACCCCCCCAGGGAGAAAAACCAGUUGGAGGCAUGAUCAGGUUUACUGAAAAAGGAACAUUAUUAUAAUUGUUGAAUCUUUCCGAUACCCUCUUCCACUCUCUGACGUUCCUUCCUGUUCCGCAGGGAUCAUCUGCUUGCGUUCUUCAAGAAAUCCAGGCAGAAACCAGAGCGUAUCAUAUUCUACAGGUUCGCUACUAAUUAAUUUUAUAGACGUUGGAUAGCCUUUUAAAGCCGUUAAUCGAUUUUCCGUGGAGGCUGCAGGGACGGUGUCAGUGAAGGUCAGUUCAAUGAGGUCCUCCUGUAUGAAAUGGAUGCUAUACGCAAGGUGGCGGUUUUUUCACCCUUCUUCAGUCGAGUCUUCUCCUCCACCACCUCCUGUUUCUCUCUUUUCUUCGACAUGAAGCUUCAACUCCUAGAAGAAGUCUCUUCUGACUCGCCGCCAUCUGCCGUCGUCGUGUUCCCAGGCCUGUCAGUCCCUGCAGGCGGAGUAUCUCCCCCGGGUGACAUUCGUCGUGGUGCAGAAGAGGCAUCACACGAGGUUCUUCCCGCGAGAUGGAAAGACUGACAGGAGCGGAAACAUUCUACCUGGUCUGAAAAAUCAUAGAAGUUUUGAUUUUGUUUUCUUCUUUAUAUUGUAUUUCAUCUCCCUGAGGUUUGGAUCUUGAUUGACGACAAUUUUUCUGCUUCCGCUGUUUUUCCAGGCACUGUCGUGGACACCAGCAUCUGUCAUCCUACGCAGUUUGACUUCUACCUAUGCAGCCACGCGGGAAUCCAAGUCAGCUGAUCGUCCGUAGAUCCGUUAGUGGCACGGGCUGACUCUUUUUCGUGUUCUAACUCUUUGAUCUUCUUUUGCUCCGUGAUGCCUGUCUUCAGGGAACCAGCAGACCCACCCAUUACCACGUCCUGUUCGACGAAAACAAAUUCUCUGCUGACGGCCUCCAGACUUUGACGAACGACCUCUGCUAUACGUAACCUCUUCUUCUCUCUCUCUCUCUCUCUCUCUCUCUCUCACACGCACAGACAUACACACCCUCGCACGUCUGCCUCAACAUUAAUCACCCACAUGACUCCCCACCUCUCUUCCUAUAAGUAGAUAUAUAUUUGUUGACUGUGAUCUCUUUCCUCUUUCAGAUACGCUCGCUGCACUCGCUCAGUCUCAGUGGGUGGGUAUCAAAGAUUACCAAUUUUACCAUGGAUUCUUGCCUCGGCGGGUUGAUGAGUCUGAUCAUCUUUCCUAUCUGCUAUGCAAUUGACUGCUCUUGUUCUUGGUGCAGUCCCUCCUGCGUACUACGCCCACCUGGCGGCGUUCCGCGCGAGGUACUACAUAGAUGGAGGCGCGUCGGACAGAGACUCCAGCAGCGGCACCGUCACCCGGGGGACGUCUGCGGCUCUCACCAUUCUUCCCCGCGUGAAGCCGACCGUGCAGGACGUCAUGUUCUACUGCUGA